GUCGCGGCGGAGGAGGAGCGGGGGGUGCGGGCGGUAACGGGCCGUUAACGGCCCCGGGGAAGGGAGCCCGGCGCUGCGAGGGUCGGUUGCGGCGGUUUGGGCCCGGCUCCGGCGGCGGCACUCCGCUCCGCUUUGCUGACCUCGAAAUGGAAACAAACAACCAUUUUAACUUCACUGGCCUUUCCUCCGCACCCGCUGCCUCAGGACCGAAACCCACGCCUGCCUCAGGGGACUCCCCCUUCGCCCACAGCUUCCCCCAGCAAGGGAAAAGUCUGAACGGGGGCAUGAAUGUCAAUGGCUUCUCUACUGUAUCACACCCCGGUACUUCAGGGACCUUCUCGCCCGGCUCCGCGCCCGCCGGGGCGCAGCCCCUCCGCCCCUACGACUGCUUGUGGGACUACUCGCCCUACACGCCCGCCGGCAGCCUCAAGGACGGCGGCCCGCCCGCCCUCGGACAGUUCCCCCUCAACGGCGUGGCCGCGGGGUCCCGGCCGGCCUCGCCGGGGCACGGCACCAACCUGCGGGCGGCCGGGCAGGAGUUCUGGGCCAACGGCACGGCCGGGCCCAUGGGGCUGAGCUUCGACUCGCAGGAGCUCUACGACUCCUUCCACGAGCAGGGUUUCGAGUUGAUGCAGAACGGGCCCGACGGCUUUUACGCGGCGGGGAGGUCGUCGCCCGCGCUGAGCUCGGGCACGCAGCCCUUCCCCGUGGCUCCCGAGGAGCCGGAGCCCGGCCAGGGAGACGCUGAGGGCGCAGCCAAAGAGAUGCCCAGCAGCGGCAGUGCCAGCGGCAUCGCGGAGAACGGGGGCGGGCUGGUGGGCAGCCAGGAGCUGGAGGAGGCACAGCCAGACCUGAAGAUCUGCAGCUACAACGGGGCCACAACCGCUGGCGCGGGGUCACUGGGGCCCGAGGAGCCCGUGCUGGCACCCAGGGCCAGCGGGUGCCUGGGGGACGCGUCGCCCAUCGCCCCGCGCCUGGAGGACCCCCACAUCCUCAGCGAGCCCCCCCUGGAGCCCUUCGAGUCGCUGGCCAGAGACCCCGGCACGGGCGAUUUGUACGCGAUGGACGACUCGCAGCUGGUGAGCGACAAGUCCUCCUUGGAGGAGCCCCCCGACCUGGCCGCCAGCCCCCCACUCCACGCCGGCCCCUUCAGCCUGCUGCCCGCCAGCCCCUCGCCCGCCCCGCUGCUCCACGGGCCCGGUUCGCCGCCCGCCCUGCCCGGCGACAACGCCGAGCUGAAGAGCGGCGACCACGCGGGGCUGCGGGGCUCGGGGACCCUGGAGCUCGACCCUCCGCUGGAGCCGGAGUCUCCAACCCCAUCUGCAGAGGAGGAGGAGGAGGAGGAGGAAGAAGAAGAGGAGGAGGAGGCUGCCGACAGCUGCCCGGAGACUUCAGCCGCGCCAGGAGAGGGAGAGAGCGAGGAGCCCACGCUGCUGAGUGCCUCGGGGGCAGGUGAUGUCCCUCGGCGGCGCAUCGCCACGCAGGAGGAGGUGCGCUUCCCGCUGCAGCACGGGUGGAGGCGGGAGGUUCGCAUCAAGAGGGGGAACCAUCGCUGGCAGGGCGAGACCUGGUACUACGGCCCCUGCGGCAAGAGGAUGAAGCAAUUCCCGGAGGUCAUCAAGUACCUGAGCAGGAACAUGGUGCAGGAUGUGCGGCGCGAGCACUUCAGCUUCAGCCCCCGCAUGCCCGUGGGAGACUUCUACGAGGAGCGGGACACGCCAGAGGGCGUGCAGUGGGUGAAGCUGAGCCCCGAGGAGAUCCCCGGGCGCAUCCAGGCCAUCACGGGCAAGCGCGGCCGGCCCCGCAACGCCGAGAAAAGCAAAGCCAAGGAGCCCCCGGGCAGCAAGCGGGGCAGGGGCCGCCCGCCCAAGGUCAGGAUGGUGGAUUUGCUGAGUAAAACGGAUGCACGGCUGCUGAAGAGGCUGGAAGCACAAGAGGUGCUCAGCGAGGAGGACAAGUUGAAAAUGAGCAAGAUCAAGAAGAAAAUGAGGCGGAAGGCCAAGAACAAGCAGAAGCAGGAGGCCAAAGCCCCCAGGGCCAAGGAGGCCAAGAAGAAAUCCAAGGCCAAGGAGAAGAAGGGGAAGCCAGAGAAGGGCAAGGACAAGGCCCGGCCCAAGGAGAAGAAGGGCAAGGGGGCUCGCAAGGCAGACAAGGGGCUGCUGGCCCAGCGGCGCCUGGAGGAGCGGCAGCGGCAGCAGCUCAUCCUGGAGGAGAUGAAGAAACCCACAGAGGACAUGUGCCUGGGGGACCACCAGCCCCUUCCAGCCUUCUCCCGCAUCCCGGGGCUCGUCCUGCCCAGCCGCGCCUUCUCCGACUGCCUGACGGUGGUGGAGUUCCUGCAGAGCUACGGGAAGGUGCUGGGGCUGGAGCCAGCCCGGGACGUGCCCACGCUGGGGGCGCUGCAGGAGGGGCUGCUGGGGGUGGCCCCCGGCGCGGGGCAGCUGCAGGACCUGCUGGUGAGGCUGCUGCAGGCGGCGCUCUGCGACCCGGGGCUGCCCCCCUACUGCCAGUCCCUGAAGAUCCUGGGGGAGAAGGUGUCGGAGAUCAGCCUGAACCGCGACACGGUGUCCGAGGUGCUGCGCUGCUUCCUGGCGGCGCACGGCGCGGGCGCGGAGCUCUGCGAGGGGCUGCGCACCAAACCCUUCCAGGCGCUGCCCCCGGAGCGCAAAGCCUCCAUCCUGGUCUUCCUCAUCAACGAGCUCAACAGCAGCGCCCUCAUCAUCAGUGAGAUCGACAAGACCCUGGAGAACAUGUCCAACUACAGGAAGAACAAGUGGAUCAUCGAGGGCCGGCUGCGCAGGCUGAAGGUCGCCCUGGCCAAGAAGACGGGCCGUCCCGAGUCGGAGAUCACGGGGCUGGAGGACGGCCGGCGCCGGCGCAGCUCCCGCCUGACCGAGGACGUGGGGCUGGAGAUGGAGGAGGAGGAGGAGACCCGGGGGCGAAGAUCCCGCCGGGAGGAGGAGGUUGACACGUCUGCAUCCAGCGUCCCGGAGCUGGAGCGGCAGAUCGAGAAGCUGGCCAAGAGGCAGAUGUUCUUCCGCAAGAAGCUGCUCCAUUCCUCCCAGACCCUGCGGGCAGCAUCCCUGGGCCAGGACCGGUUCCGGCGCCGCUACUGGGUCCUGCCCCACCUCGGUGGCAUCUUCGUGGAGGGCGCAGAGGCAGCUGAGCCGGUGGCUGAGGAGCCCCAGGAGGAGAAGGUGUCCCCGGUCCCGGUGAAGGAGGAGCCGGCCGCCGUGCCCGUGGCCAGCCGCACGAGCUGCCCGGCCCCGGCCUCGCGCGCCCGCGGGCGGCCCCGGAAAAGCAAAGAGGAGCUGGCACAGCACUGCGAGCCCUGCCCCGUGCCCGUCAACGGGGUCCUGGAGGAGCCGGAGCCCCUGGGGCAGAGCCAGCACGACCUCAGCCAGUCGGCCUUCCUGUCCUGGCUGAGCCAGACCCAGUCGUCCCUGCUCAAGGACUCGGUUCUCACCCCGGCCAGCAGCCCUGGCAAAGGGGACACGGGGCUCCCGCCCCCCGAAGCCCCCUCGGACCCCAUGGAGGAGGAAGAGGAGGAGGAGGAAGAGGAGAGAGCCCCGGAGGCCGUGGCAAAGCGAGGGCCGUGGUUCAACCUGCUGCCCCGCACGCCCUGCGACGACCGAGCGCCCCUCGCUGCCCCCUCAGCUGAGCCCUCGCCGCGAGCCCCCGCAGCCCCCCGCAGCCAGAGCCGGGGGGAGCCCCCCAAGGGCUCGGCACGGCAGCUGAACGGCCUCCCCGCCGACGACCCCACAGCUCCCCUGCUCGCCUCCACGCCGGUGCACGCCGGCCCCAGGGCCCACGGCGCCUGCCCCCGCAGCCAGGGCAGCCUGGAAAAGCUCCAGGACGUGCCGGGACAGCCCAAACGCCGAGGGAGACCCCCCACCAAAUUCUUCAAGCAGAUGGAGCAGAAAUACCUGACGCAGCUGACGGAGCAGCCGGUGCCCAGCGAGAUGCAGAGCGGCUGGUGGUGGCUGAGGGACCCCGAGGAGCUGGAGGCGGUGGCACGGGCGCUGCACCCGCGCGGCAUCCGGGAGAAAGCGCUGCACAAGCACCUCACCAAGCACAAGGAGUUCCUGCGCGAGGUUUGCCUCAGGACCACCACUGACCCCAUCUUCCACGCGCGCCCGGACUCGGCGGCUGCCGCGGUGUCUCGGGAAGCUCUGGCCCAGUGGUCAGUGCCCGACAGAGCCUACGAGACCGACCUGGGCGUGCUGCAGUGGGUGGAGGAGCUGGAGCAGCGCGUCCUCAUGGCCGACCUGCAGAUCCGGGGCUGGACGUGUCCCAGCCCGGACUCGACGCGGGACGACCUGAGGUACUGCGAGCACAAAGUGGAGGCCCUGGAGGACAUCACGGUGCGCGGCAGGCACCGGGAGCUGCCGCCGCGCCGGGAGCUCACCAACCCCCUGGACCUGGCCGUGCUGCGGCUGGCGGCGCUGGAGCAGAACCUGGAGCGCCGCUACCUGAAGGAGCCGCUGUGGCCGCUGCACGAGGUGGUGGUGGAGAAAGCCGUGCUGAGCAACCCCGAGGAGCUGAGCCUGGGCCCCACCGAGAUCUCCUACGAGAUCACGCCGCGGGUGCGGACGUGGCGGCAGACGCUGGAGCGCUGCCGCAGCGCCGCCCAGGUGUCCCUGGUGCAUCUUCCAGCUGGAGAAAUCAUCGCCUAGAAAUCCGUCAACAGAGUGACGUGCCUGGUUUGCCGGAGGGGCGACGACGACGAGCACCUGCUGCUGUGCGACGGCUGCGACCGCGGCUGCCACCUCUACUGCCACCGGCCCCCGCAUCAGAGGUGCCCGAGGGGCGACUGGUUCUGCUCCGUCUGCGUGGCCAGGGCAGGACAGUACCGAGACCCCCUCUCUUCCCCCCGCGAGGCAAGAAGCGGAAACGGGGGCCGCGGGCUCGGGGCGAGCCCCGGCGAGGAGGAGCCGAGCCCGCGGCGCCGCCCGGCCCCGCGGCGCCGCGAGGGCUGCCCCCCUCCCCGCCGCAGGAGCUCGGCCCUGAGGGGCCAGCCCAGCGACCUGACCUUCUGCGAGAUGAUCCUGAUGGAGAUGGAGUCUCACGAGGACGCCUGGCCUUUCCUGGAGCCCGUGAACCGGCUGGUGCCGGGCUACCGCAGGGUCAUCAAGAAGCCCAUGGACUUCGGCACCAUGCGCGCGAGGCUGCUGCGGGGAGGGUACUCGAGCUCGGCCGAGUUCGGCGACGCCCUGCUGGUGUUCGACAACUGCCAGACCUUCAACGAGGACGACUCGGCCGUGGGCCGCGCGGGCCACGCCAUGCGCCGCUCUUCCAGAGCCGCGCAGGAAUUUUAUCAGGGAAAACACGCUCCCAACCCGUGAGGAGGGGGUCCGGGGGUCUCUCCCCACCAAGCUGCCUCCUCUGGAGCUGCUCUCGCUGCCUGCUGAUCCCACAUUUGGGGGGUUUCACCCCCUUGAACCCCGUAAAAUUCCCGGCAGGGUGAACAGGCCUCACCUGAAUUUCCCCACCUUGAGGCCCCUUCUCGCUGCCUGGACCACCCUGCCCCUCCCCAAAAUCCUGCCCCCACUUUUUAUUUUUAUUUUUUUUUCCAGCACCACAAAAUCACUAAGAUUUGGUGUAAGCCAAAAAAAAGGGGAAGAAAAAGAAAAAAAAAAAAAAAAAAGAAGAGGCGCUUUUUUUUUCAUGCUUUGUUUCAAAUUUCAUUUUCGAAUUAAGAGCAGAAACAGGACCCACCCCACCCCCUUAUCCUCCCAUCCUCUCAAAAAUGGGGAGAAUCCCCCCCAAAAAAGGGGAGAACCCCCUCAAAAAAAGGGGGAACUCCCUAAAUAUGGGGAGAACUCCCUAAAUAUGGGGAAAACCCCCCAAAAAAUGGAGAACUUCCUAAAAAAAGGGGAGAACACCCCAAAAAAUGGGAGAACUUCCUAAAUAUGGGGAGAACCCCCCAGAAAAAGGGGAGAACCCCUCAAAAAAAAAGGGGGAGAACUCCCUAAAAAUGGAAGAACUCCCUAAAAAAAGGGGGAGAACUCCCUAAAAAUGGGGGAGAACCCCCCCAAAAAAAGGGGAGGACCCCCCCAAACCUUGGGGAAUAUUUAACGAUAGCAAUAGUUUAGUGAAUGUCCGAGCACUCCUGUGCAUCCUCUCAUGCAUUAACGGCCAGUAAAGUGGACUUAGCCCCCUCCCCAACCCCCGGCCGGGACCCCCUCCCCACCCACACAGACACUUUACGAGGAGGGGGGGGGGGGGACCCCCGGUGCAGCCCCCUCCCCUCACUCUGCCCUCAGCCCCCCUCCCCACCCGGCUCCAGGGACCAAACUGGGGAGGGCUGAGUUGAGGGGGGGGUGGUCCUGGCACCCCCCUCCCCCCCCCCCCCCCUUUUUUUUUCCCCACUUCUCAGGAAGAGCCCAACCCCCUCCCCUGGGGUUGGGGGGGGGGGGGGGGGUUUGGGGAGGGGAGGGGUCCUGGCCACCCCCCCUCGCCCCCACCCCAAAAUGAGACCCCUCAGGGAUGCUACUGCAGGCCCCGGGGGGGUUGGGGGAGAGUUGGGGGGGGGUCCAGCCCCCUGCCCACCCCCCCUCCCCACCCGACCCCCACCAUGGACUUGAAUCCUCAGGCGGGUGUGACCCCCCCCCCAGACCCCCCCGGGGGGGUUGCACUGGGUGGGGAGGGGUCCUAAAUUUGGGGCAGGGGUCUCCCCCCCCCAUAUCACCCCCAUGUUUGGGGUGUGGGGGGGGGGUCAGGACCCUCACCCCACCCCCCCCCAGGAUAUUACGGGUACUCGCUCUGGGGGUUCUGCGGCCAGAGGGGCUUUUUUUGGGGGGGGGGGUCCCCGGUGUAUCCCCCCCCUCACCCCCCCCAAGCCCCACAGAGCACUGAAAACAACUCACCUACCUGGGCAGGGGGGGUCCGGCCGCGCCCCCCGCCCCCCCAAAACCCCCCCCCCCCGUCUCAAAGUAGCCUUUUUUCUAUCAGAUAAACCUCAGAAACUUUUUAUUUUAUUUUAUUUUUUUGCUUUGGAAACUAAGAGGUGAUUUGAAGUCUAUUUGAACUGACUUUAUAUUACGCAUAAAUAUUUAUAUUUUAUCUAAAUAA